GUGAAUGUUUUAUUUUCCAGGAAACAUUUCAGUAUACUCUCUUUAAAUGGGCAGAAGAGCUAGAUUCCCUAGCACGGAUUCAAGAUCUAUUUAACUGUUAUGAACAGGCACUUGAACUGUAUCCCAGUGAUGAAGUGAUAUGUAACAGUAUGGGAGAACAUCUUUUCAGAAUGGGCUUUAGAGAUGAGGCAGCUGGAUAUUUUCACAAAGCAGUGAAGCUUAACCCAGACUUUGCUGAUGCGAAGGAGAACUUCUACCGAGUUGCCAACUGGCUCGUGGAACGUUGGCACUUCAUCAUGCUCAAUGACACCAAGAGGAAUCUUACUUACCUAAAAGCAAUAGAGAAUGUGGUGCACUCUGGGUGCAAAUCUGUUCUUGAUAUUGGAACAGGAACAGGAAUCUUGAGUAUUUUUGCAAAAAAGGCAGGAGCACCUUAUGUCUACGCCUGUGAAUUGUCAAAAACCAUGUAUGAACUUGCUUGUGAUGUGGUGGCAGCGAAUAAUAUGGGAAGUGAGAUCAAAAUUUUUCAUUUGAAGUCUCUUGAUCUAGAAAUUCCAAAACAUAUACCUGAAAGGGUUUCCUUGGUUGUCACAGAAACUGUUGAUGCUGGUUUGUUUGGAGAGGGCAUUGUGGAGAGCUUGAUACAUGCUUGGGAACAUCUGCUCUUGCCACCAAAGCCUAAAAAUCAAGAUAUUCCUCCUAAAGAAUAUGGCCAAGUUAUUCCUGCAAGUGCUACAGUAUUUGGAAUGGCAGUAGAAUGCAAAGAGAUACGUAGACAUCACAGAGUGGGAUCACGGGAGGUCGCUGGUGUGCGCCUGGCCGACGCGGUGCAGUUCUUCAGCCCCACGGGGGCUGCUGGCAGUCCGGAGGAAGCGGAGCCUUACACCACCGAGAAGCUCAGCCGUGUUCCAGGAGGCUACGUACCUCUGACUGAACCCUGCCAAGUAAUGACAGUGGAUUUCAACAACCUGCAGGAGCUGAAAAGCCUUGCAGUUAGGAAGCCUUGGAAGCUGAGCCUGCCAGUCACUCACGGAGGAAUCCUAGAUGCUGUGGUGGUCUGGUUUGUUCUGCAGCUCGAUGAUGAGCACGCUCUGUCCACAAGUCCCAGCGAGGAAUCCUGCUGGGAACAGGCAGUCUACCCUGUACAGGAUCUCCCUGAUUACUCUGUGGAGAGCGGAGAUACUGUGACGAUAGAGGUUGCCUGCCAGGACUGCUACUUGAAGAUCCAAAAGGUUUCCUUGGGGCCUCUGGAAUGUGGGAUGGACUUCAGUAACAGAGACAACACCCUGAAUUUGAGCAAUGAGGCUGAACUGUGUAAUGCCCUGGCUGGUCUUCAAACAACCGGUGAACAGGAUGCCAGAGGUCAAGUGUGUGUGUUGGAAUCCACAGAAAUUGCCCUGCUGAACAACAUUCCCUACCAUGAGUGCUUCAGAGCUGCCAUGGGCAAAGUGCUGUCGUCGCUAAAUCCAAGCAAGGACUUGCAGACCAUGGAUGUCGAUGGACGUGGUAGUGGGUUGAACCAUGAAGAGAGUCAAAGCAAGAGCUCUCUGGAUGCAGCUCCUGAUCCUUUCUACAUAUUAGAUGUGUCUGAGGGCUUCUCUCUCCUGCCAAUUAUAGCUGGCAAACUUGGAUCAGUUAAAGCUUACAGUUCUGUUGAGAAAGAACAGCAUCAAACAGCCCUUAACAUGAUUUCAGAAGCUAACAAUUUCCCUAAGGAAACAUUAGAAUUUUGGCUCAGUCACUUAGAAGAUGAAAAUGUGGUAUUACAGAGACCAAAAUCAGACAAGCUGUGGAGUAUUAUCAUCUUGGAUGUUAUAGAGACAUCUGGUUUAAUCCAGCAGGAGGUGAUGGAAAAGGCUGCAAUAUCCAGAUGUUUACUUCACAGUGGAGGAAAGAUAUUCCCACAGUAUGUGUUGGUUUAUGGGAUGCUUGUAGAGUCCCAGUCUCUGCUACUGGAAAGUGCUGUUCAAGGAACAGAGCCAACUCUUGGGUUUAAUAUAGCCCCUUUCAUCAACCAGUUCAAGGUACCAGUCCGUGUGUAUUUGGAUCUCUCCACGCUGCCUUGUGUGGCCUUGAGCAAACCUGCUGAGCUCCUGAGGCUGGAUCUCAUGAACCCCCUCUUGAACAGCUCCAGCAGAGAAGUGAAGGUGCAGGUUUGUAAGUCUGGUCAAGUUACUGCAAUUCCCUUCUGGUAUCACAUCCAUCUGGAUGAAGAGCAUAGCUUGAGUACAUCGGAUAAGAGUUCGCACUGGAAGCAAGCUGCUGUUGUUCUAGAUGAGCCCAUCCAAGUUAAGCUUGGAGAUGAACUUGUGCUCCAUGUCCAGCAUCAUAAAAGCAAUAUUAGCAUUACAGUAAAGCAGUGAAGAAAGUCACCUCGAAGAGGAUGUCAGAUUAAUUAUCUAUGCAUACACAGAUUGUUCAGUGUGAUGGAUGUUAAUUUAUAUUAAAGUCUACAUUUUCUCUA